AUGUCGAAAGGUCGAUCGCUCCCACCAGCGCUCAAGCAGCUGCUGCAGCAACCCACGUUCCCAGCACGACCAUCGAGGCUGUCAGCAACGACGCAACUCGCACCGGGACGAUCUGCCAACCCGUCGCCCACGCCCAAGCUGGCCAGCAUCAACCAGUAUUUCCAAAGUCUUCAGGCAGAAGCCAAGCAAAAGGGCAUUGGCUGGGGUGAAUGGGUCUCGAUUGCGACAGCCACACUGUUCACGCUCAAUAAUCCGGGCAGUUUGCAGGCGCUCCACCGUUUUGCCGCAGGAGCCAGCACAUCCGAUCUGGAGCACCGAACCAGUGUGGCUCUGUUGAUGCGCGAAACCGGGCUCAAGUGUAUCGGCUUCAUCGGCAUCCCCAAAGUGAUCAAUAACCUGGCUGCGCUCCGCAAAGCAGUCGAGCAAGACGCUGACCUCGUGCGAGCGCUCCCCACGGAGCCAAGGAGACAGAUCAAAUCAGAUCGACUCGAAGCCGUGCACAAAGCAGCCUACGAUCUGUGGGACGACAUCUACACGCCCCACUCGGAAAAGCUUCUCAAGAUUCUCGGCACCUCGCAUCCAGACCUACCCGUGUUCAUCGUCGAGGCAGAGUACGGCCCGUUGUUCUCUUCGCCCGCCUCGUUCGCUCUACCGUCGGACCCCGAGUCUGCGAAGAAGGAACCGAGCUGGGACGUCAAUCGCUUGAGGACGUCGCUCGUUGCCAUCUCGGCCCUCAGGGCUCAGGGAGGUGUAGGUCCGCAGGUGACAAGCCACGUUUGGGGUCUGCUCAAGGCAAAGGAUUCGAUCAAGGCGAACGAUGUCAGCAAGCAAGGGCUUGAAUGGCUCACCACUGAAGAAGGAGCGCAGUGGGUCGUGCGCAUCGUCGAUGGCAUCUGCGAGGCCGUCGAAGGCGCGGAAGAAUUCGAAGGACAGGCAAAGGAGAGCAAGCUUUGA